AUGAUGGAUGAAUCAGCUGAUAUCUCUCGUCAUGAGCAAGUAUCUUUAGUUAUACGUUAUACUGAUGAUCAGUUUCACGUAUAUGAACGUUUUAUUGGUUUUGAGCGUGCAUCUAGCACGACUGGUGAAGCAUUAUUUAAUUUGUUAGUUCGAUGGUUAAAACAACUUGAUUUAGAUAUUAACAAUAUAGUUGGCCAAUGA